GAGCCGCUGGUGCCUCCACAGAACAUCUCCCGAGCGCUGCCCAAGGCUGACCGAGGCGGGGCACCAAGACAGGGACUCCCACUUGGGCACAAGGUUGAGUCUUGCCUCCUGACCUGAUCCUCCUGGAGAAGUGACCCCCGAGACCCCGGGCACGGUGCAGCCUCUUUCUAUAAGUCCAUCUGGAUUUGGCUGGCAGUGGGAACGAGCUCUGAGGGGCUGCCUGGGUCUCGGGGUGGUGGUAGCAGCCAGCUCUCCAGCCACCAUGGCAAAUGCCAGGAACUGAGGGGACGGUCGCUGCAGCCUCACUGGGGGCCCUCAGGACGCGAUGGAGAACAAAGCCAUGUACCUGCACGCCACCGUGAGCGACCGUGACUCUGGCUCCAUCUUUGAGGAGCCCUUUGAUGGCAGGAGCCUGUCCAAGCUGAACCUGUGUGAGGACGGUCCGUGCCACAGAGGACGGCCGGGGGGCUGCUGCACCCAGCUGGGCUCCCUGUCGGCCCUGAAGCACGCGGUCCUUGGGCUCUACCUGCUGGUCUUCCUGAUUCUCGUGGGCAUCUUCAUCUUAGCAGUGUCCAGGCCCCGGAGCUCCCCGGACGACCUGAAGGCGCUGACUCGGAACGUGAACCGGCUGAACGAGAGCUUCCGGGACUUGCAGCUGCGGCUGUUGCAGGCUCCGCUGCAGGCCGAGCUGAGCGAGCAGGUGUGGAAGGCGCAGGACACGCUGCAGAACCAGUCGGACUCGCUGCUGGCGCUGGCGGGCGCGGUGCAGCGGCUGGAGGGCGCGCUGUGGGGACUCCAGGCGCAGGCGACGCAGAGCGAGCAGGCGGUGGCCCUGCUGCGCGACCGCACGGCCCAGCAGAGCGACGCGGCGCAGCUGGAGCUCUACCAGCUGCAGGUGGAGAGCAACCGCAGCCAGGGGCUGCUGUGGCGCCACGCCGGCCUGCUGGACGGGCUGGCGCGCCGGGUGGGCGCCCUGGGCGACGAGCUGGCCGACGUGGGCGGCGCCCUGCGCGGCCUCAACCUCAGCCUGUCCUACGACGUGGCCCUGCAGGGCACGCGGCUGCGGGACCUGCAGGUGCUGGUGAGCAACGCCAGCGAGGACGCGCGCCGCAUGCGCCUCGUGCACCGGAGCCUGGAGCUGCAGCUCAAGCAGGAGCUGGCCGUGCUCAACAGCGUCACCGAGGACCUGCGCCUCAAGGACUGGGAGCACUCCAUCGCGCUGCGCAACAUCUCCCUGGCCAAAGGACCACCGGGCCCCAAAGGCGAUCAGGGGGAUGAAGGGAAAGAAGGCACGCCUGGAAUCCCUGGAUUACCUGGACUUCGAGGUCUGCCAGGGGAGAGAGGGACCCCAGGACUGCCCGGCCCCAAGGGUGACGAAGGGAAGCUGGGAGCCAUGGGACCGAUGGGCAUGCGUGGGUUCAAAGGUGACCGAGGCCCAAAAGGAGAGAAAGGAGAGAAAGGAGACAGAACAGGGGAUGCCAGUAAGGAAAUUCUGUUGGGGUCACUGGAUUCUGUGUCAGCACAGGUGUAGCUGUUGCCCAAGCAACCCAAGUUUCAGUGGCUGGAGGCUGGAGCCAUAGGCUGGGGCUCCAGUGUCAAAGGAGCUCCCUAUCCACUCCAGGGCUCAGCUGAUCCAGCAAGAGAGAAUUAUACCCCAGGGGCACAGGCCACGUUUCCAGACAUGGUAUAAACCCAGUGGUUGUGUGGGAGGGACUGGAGGCAGACUGCAUGGGCUCCCUUCCGGCCGCCUCACUAUGUAUGUAAUGUGUGCCUCAGUUUUCUCAUCUAUAGAAUGGGGAGAAGAAGCAUUCUUAUGUCAUAGAGUCA